GGUGAAGGAAACUGUCAUACCGCAGUACACUCUGCGAGGACGACCUGGGACGUGAAGGAGCCGUCGCUCAUCAGCGUGUCACUCAUCCGAAAACAACACCAGCAGGCUCUUUUCUACAUCUACAGGCCUGUUUCUCCAGGACCUUUUUAAGGGAUGAAGAAUUGCAGCUUGCAAUGAGGUCCAGGAGCAACACGGACGAUACUUCGGCCAACAGGCUGCUCAACGCCCCCCACCCGACCAGCGACCUCAGUGAGGAUGAAGGAGGCAAAGUCAAGGGCUCCCAGGAUCCCCAGCAGCAGGAUGCUGUGGAGAUGUCCGUCUCAGAACUUGUGAAAACACACCAGAAAUCAGCCAAAAACUUUGCUCACAAACAUGUAUUAGUGGAUCUGUCCAAAGACAACCUGGUCAGGUUGCUGGGAAUCAUGGAGGGGGAGGUUCAGGCCCGUGAGGAUGUUAUCCGCAUCAUGAGCCAAAGGCAGACCCCUCCGGAGGUGCUAGAAGCCCACUAUGCCUCAGCCGGCCACCUCAAGGCGCUCCAGGCCCUACGUCGAGAUGGCCUCGUGACUGGUUCCCAGUCAACGGUGGAUCACGUGUACGAGAAGCCCAUGGCUGAGCUGGAUCGUCUGGAGGACAAGCACCGUGAGACAUACCGCCGCAUGCUGGGCCAGCUGCUGCUGGCUGAGAAGUGGCACCGGCGGACAGCGCUCGAGCUGGACAGCGAGAAGCGCAAACAUGCAGACUACAUGGCCAAGAGCGAUGAUUUCACCAACCUCCUGGAGCAGGAGCGUGAGCGAUUAAAGCGUCUGUUGGAGCAGGAGAAGGCUUACCAGGUGCGGAAGGACAAGGAACACAGCCGGCGCCUUGAGAAGCUGAGGGAGGAGCUGGUCAAGCUGAAGUCCUUCACCCUGAUGCUGGUAGAUGAGCGGCAGCUCCACAUCGAACAGGUUGACCAGCAGACUGAGAAGGUCCAGAACCUCACCCAGAAGCUGCAGGAAAAGGAGCAGAAGAUGACUGACCUGAAGGCCAAAGUCAAGGAGGAUGGCCAGAAAGUGGCUAAGCUUGAGGCCGAGCUAGAGCACAAGGCCACCAGGUUCACACAGGAGCAUGAAGAGACAAGUGCCAAGCUGGCGAACCAGGAAUCCCAGAACCGACAGCUGCGGCUGAAGUUGGCUGGUCUGACUCAUAAAAUCGAGGAGCUGGAGGAGAGCAACAAGGCACUCCAGAAGUCUGAGGAGGAGCUACAGGAGCUUAGAGACAAGAUUAGCAAGGGGGAAUGUGGCAACUCAAGUCUGAUGGCAGAGCUGGAGAACUUGCGCAAGAGAGUCAUGGAAAUGGAAGGUAAGGAUGAGGAGAUCACAAAAACAGAGUCUCAGUGUAGAGAGCUAAGGAAGAAGCUACUUGAUGAGGAAAACCGUAGCAAGGAGCUGAAACUGGAGGUGGAGAAGCUUCAGAAAAGGAUGGUAGAGCUGGAAAAACUGGAGGGUGCUUUCAAUGUAAGCAAGAUGGAAUGCACACAGCUGCAUGGCAUCUUAGAAAGAGAAAAGAACCAGACAAAAGAGCUGGCAGGUGAGCUUGAAGUGGUGAAAAACCAUGUGAAAGAGCUGGAGAGCUCAGAAUCGAGACUCGAAAAGGUUGAGGUGAGCUUAAAGGAUGACCUCACAAAACUCAAGUCAUUUACUGUGUUAAUGGUGGAGGAAAGGAAGAACAUGGCAGAAAGAAUCAGGCAGGAAGAAAAGAAGAGCUAUGAUCUGAACAAAAUGUUUAAGACUGAGCAAGCAAAGGUCAUGGAGGUCACAGAAAAGCUGAUAGAGGAGAGCAAAAAGCUACUGAAGUUAAAAUCGGAGAUGGAAGCAAAAGUUACUUUUCUCACCAGGGAGAGGGAUGAGCUGAAGACCAAGCUCACAAGCGAAGAGGAAAAAUGCGAAGAUCUGAGCUCAAAGCUCAGCUCGAUGAAACACAAGAUGGAAGGCAUAGAGGAGGCUGAAAGGAAAGCCAUGCAAAGCAGGGCGAGGAAAGAUGUGGACGGCUGCUCAGAUGGAAUCUCACAAAGUGACAACAGGGUCAAGGAGCUAACGCUUGAAAUCGAGCGGCUGAAGCAUCGCCUCAAACAGCUGGAGGUUGUGGAAGGGGAUCUGAUGAAGACGGAAGAUGAGUAUGAUCUGUUGGAAAAGAAAUUCAGGACGGAACAAGACAAAGCUAAUGUGCUUUCACAACAGCUGGAAGAAAUGAGGAAUCAACUUGCGAGGAACAAAGCGAUAGAAAAGGGAGAGGCGGUGAGUCAAGAAUCCGAAUUGCGACAGCGUUGUAAGAUGGAGGAGGCAAAGACAAGAGACCUGCAGGCUGACGUUCAAGCCCUCAAGGAAAAGAUCCAUGAGCUCAUGAAUAAGGAGGACCAGCUGUCGCAGCUACAGGUGGAGUACUCUGUCCUUCAGCAGAGGUUUAUGGAAGAGGAAAAGAAGAGAACAACCAUUAGCCAGGAUGUCCUUCAUCUCACAAAAGAGUUGGAGAUGACAAAGCGCUACAGUCGUGCUCUGCGGCCCAGCAUGAACGGAAGGAGGAUGGUGGAUGUCCCUGUGACAUCGACUGGUGUGCAGACAGAUGCGGUGAAUGACGAGCCCCCUGAGGAGGACACACCUGCAGUAUUUAUCAGGAAGUCUGUCCAAGAGGAGAAUCACAUCAUGAGCAACCUGAGGCAGAAGGGACUGAAGAAGACUGCAGAAAGACCAGCUGUGCUAGAGCGGUAUCCUCCUGCGGCUGGUGAGAUUGGAAUGAGGAAGUCCUGGAUCCCGUGGAUGAAAAAGAAGGAUGGCUUCAGUCAGAAUAGCCCAGAGAAGCCAAUGCAACCCAACGAGGAGCCUCCACAUUCUGAGCUCACCGUGUCCCAAAAGCAAGGCCAACCACUGCACAUUCGCCUGACCCCUGAUCACGAGAACAGCACGGCCACCUUGCAGAUAAGUGGCUCUUCUCCCAAGGACUUCUUCUCCAGCACCACUGUCAUCCCUACCUUGGGACUGCAAAAGCCUCGCAUCACCAUCAUUCCUACCCCAAAUACAGUAUCCCAAAACCACAAAUGCUCUGGGGGUCUGGAGAGAGCCAAGUCACCAGUCUCCAUCACCACCAUCUCCAGAGCAAAAUCCCCAGAAGGGAGGAGGAACAUGCUGUCCGACAGACCCACGUCACCUGUCUCCAUCUCGACUGUCAGCACUUCUGCAGUGCCAGACCUAUCGGGGUCUCCAGAGUUGCAGGAGAUGACCGUAGGUAGAGCCGUGUUUAAGGUGACCCCGGAAAAGCAGACGGUGCCCACAGCCAUCCGGAAGUACAACUCCAACACCAACAUCAUCACUACAGAGGACAACAAGAUCCACAUCCACCUGGGUCCCCAGUUCAAGAGGGCCUCGGAGAGUAGUGGCCCAACCAUCACUGUGAGGCCAGUUGCUGUAACGACGGAGAACAAGGAGAUCGCCACGGGUACUGUGCUGCGCUCCCCCCGCCAUAGCUCUACUGCCAAGAGCACAGGGAGCAAAGUGAUGAGCAGCAUCAUGAUAACCCCCAUCACAUCCGCACCCUCCAGACCAACCCAGUCCACGGAUGGUCUAUCUCCCCGAGCAGCACCCACACGCAUCCCCAUGUCCAAAGGUAUGAAAAAUGGGAAAUUGGUGUUGGAGACCCCCAGUGUCCCCACCGUGACAAAGCCGGAAGUGCGAGCAGAGAGCCAGUCGAUGAAAAUUGAACUGAAGAGAUGUGCAGUCGGGAACCCCGCUACGCCUGCUGGAGGGAAAGGCUAAGUGCCCCAUUUUCAGGCUACUGCAGGACAUUUACUGCACCAUGAACCUGCUCUACCUUCACUAACCAGACUGUUAGGAACAAGAGGCCUCUACCAGAACAUCUGAUAGAAGAUGCAGACCAUUUCAUGCAGACAGGAAGUUGGUCGUUAUGAGUUAUGAAUGAAAUCACAAUCCUAAAAAUAUUCUAGCCUUCCUCUUUGUACGUGUUUGUAAGAAUAUAUCUGUAUCGCCCCAUCACAUUUACAGAAGGUGGGUUUUACUAGCAUGUUUAUAUUUAAUUGGUUUGGGGAUUUUGUUCUGUCUGCCCCUGCUGGUGUCAUAUUAUGAAUUUUACAUAUGUUUUUGUACUGCUUUUUUUUAAAUGCUGUACAUGUUUCAUA